GGUUCAUAGAACCCCCGCGCGCACACGCACAGCGCACAUGGGCUGAAUGUUCCAGUAGCUGUUGACCCUCUCCCCUUCUCUCUCUCUCUCCCUGUCGCUCUCUCCGAGCCAGUGGCUCUGUAAAGAAGUGGAGAGGUGGCGGCGGCAAUUUAAAACCCCGCGCUGAAACUGCACACCGCGCGGCACUGUAUCGCGGCGGACAGAAGACCCCAAAGUGUUUAGCGCAGAGGAAGCGGUUCGCGGACGCGGGAGGCGGAGUGAGAGAGGAGACGCGUUUCCAAAUAGAAAUUUUGCGCUUUGGAAAGUCAAAGGGGGUGGGGGGGGUCACUGUUUACCAACCACAACAACAACAAAAACCUCUCCACCCUCACCCAGCCACCCAGCCAACCCACCGCCGCCGUCGCCACCACUGCCCGAACACCCGGAGAGAUUGAGAGACAGAGAGAGCUGUGAGCGUGCGGCAGCAGUCGCCGUCCUCGCGAGCGACGUGGAAGGUGGCGGCGGCACCGGGAGAAACGCCGGUGACGCUUUGGCGGCAGCGGAUCGUCGGAGGCCGCGCUCAUGGCCAGCUCGGCCCCUGCGAACGGUCUGCAGGGAGACCCUGAGAUAGAGCUCUUUGUCAAGGCGGGGAGCGAUGGAGAGAGCAUUGGAAAUUGCCCUUUUUCUCAGCGCCUCUUCAUGAUCCUCUGGCUGAAGGGCGUCGUCUUCAACGUCACCACAGUGGACAUCAAAAGGAAGCCACCGGAACUACAGAACCUGGCACCUGGCACGCACCCUCCGUUCCUGACGUUCAACGGCGAAGUGAAGACCGACGUGAACAAGAUUGAGGAGUUCCUGGAGGAGCAGCUCUCACCCCCAAAUUACGUGCGGCUGGCGGCCAGGCACCGGGAGUCGAACCUGGCGGGAAACGAUAUCUUUGCCAAGUUCUCGGCCUACAUCAAGAACGCCAAGAAGGAGGCCAAUGACAAUCUCGAGAAGGCUCUGCUCAAGGCCUUCAAGAAGCUGGACGACUACCUGCUGUCGCCCCUUCCCGAAGAGAUCGAUGACUGCAGCAUGGGGGAUGACGGAAUCUCCCCGCGCAAGUUCCUGGACGGCGAUGAACUGACCCUCGCCGACUGCAACCUCCUGCCCAAGCUGCACAUUGUCAAGAUUGUGGCGAAGAAAUACCGGGACUUCGAGAUCCCGGCCGAGAUGACGGGCGUGUGGAAGUACCUGCGCGGUGCGUACGCGCGCGACGAGUUCACCAACACGUGCCCCGCCGACCGCGAGAUCGAGCUGGCCUACGCGGACGUGGCCAAGCGGAUGAGCUGAGCCGCCCCGGCGCCCGAUCGAAGGCCCUCCCGGCAGCCCUCCCGGCAGCCCACGCGUAGCUCCCGGCAGCCUCGCGACGUACGCACCCACCACCUCGUUUCCCCCAGUGCCCCUCCACGCUCGGCUGCAAGUGGGCGAAGCUGUGCACCUCCCUGCAAACCCCCUGCUCCACCAUCAUCCACGUGGUGCCCCAGCACGCGCGAUUCACCCGCUAGGGACGAAUCUGACACCGGGGGGGCGCUGGUGGGGACGGUAGAGUGUGUUGUGUUGUGCGGGUUUCGGUAACAUAGGGUGUGAAAUGAUAUCUUUGCCAACUCUUUAAUAUGUACAGUAUACAUAUAUAUGAUGGGGCGGGGGGGGGGCUAAAACUAACAACGCAUUUGAUCUAACUAUAGUUCGCCCGAUAAGUCAAUCAGUUGACCCCUUCAAGGUCACCAUGUCGUUGUUUUCCACACGCGCUCGCGGGCGACAGCAGUCCCCGUGGACCGCGCUGCUCGUUGCGCUCGGCGCUUUGCCACGGCUCUGUGCAGCAGUCGCGGGAACGCGUGACAUGAUGUUUCAGGCAAGGGGCAGCACUGACGGCAGUGCGGGUCGGGGGGGGGGCUCCGCACGGUCUGGUAGUCGUGGGGACGCGUAUCAUUCACGCACGUUGCCGUCAGUCGAGUAGCGGCGGCGUGUCUGAACUAUUCGCUAAACGUGUAGAUCUCAUCCGCCGACGCAAUGAUGCAUGAUCGUUAUAUUCAUCGAUAAUAAUUCGUUAUCGCAACUUUGGACGUGGCAAACGGCCAACCCGCGACGCAUAAAUCACACGGCGGCGCCUCGCGCUCUCGUACGUAGCUGUUGUUACGAAGAAUGGCCCAUGCAUGCCCCUUGCUUGCUCGCUCGCUCGCUGGCACGUUACGUCCACCCCGCGGCGGUGGCAGCCUCGUCCACCAUGGUGGACUUUAGCCCGGACUCUGCCGGUGACUGGGUCCGACGAAGAACGUCCAUGCGGGAGCACCCCCCUCUCUGUCCCGAGACCACCCCCCCCCCCCACUCCAAUCCGCUGACCUUGCUUCUCAUUCUCUGCCGCUAACUCAUGACAAUAAUAUUUCUUCCCCCAACCCCGGCCGCACCUCCGAGUAGCACGGUUGGCGACGUACGGCACAAAAGACGUUCAAUAUACGAACCUUUAGGUGCGGACAUUGUAUUCGCGCCGUCCUGAAAGUGCCAGGCUCUCACGGGGGUGCUGUGAGUUUAGUUUGCCGCUAAGGAGCAAUGUUGCUGCUGUGUGAUUUUACCCAAUUAUACACCGUGAGUGGGUGCGGUGCGGUGGGGGGGGGUCACCAAUAAGAGUGGGCAAUGCAUUUAAAUCGCCUUUCCCCACGUGGCGUUUUGCGCACACGCGUAGCGACCGUGAGCCCCACGCGCACGGUGGCAGAUAGUGCGGAGUUCUUUGUGGUGGUGGUGGGGGGGGGGGUGCGCGGGUUGAGUUUGGCGGGUGCUUGCAAGUCGAUUGCCGUGGUUCGUGUUUGGUGUGUGCAUCUCUGCCGUGCGGGCUUCCAAAGCUUUGCCCGAAGGCCUCUGCGUUGGGCUCAGAGAGAGAGAGAGGCACGCUGGAACCCCGAGAGCAGGCGAUACGAAAAUUCAACACCGAUAUUUAUUUUUAAAAAUAAUUAUCCUUUAACGUUCCUGAAGAUGAGCGUGCAAGCAAAGGGAAUAAAUAUUUCUUCUUCUUAGCAGCAGCAUCAGAGUUUAAAUAAAUAAUAUUUCCUUAAUCUUGUUAAUGUACGGUUGUUCAAUCGGCAACAUUACACUAUUGAAAGUUAAAAAAAGAAUUGCAAAUAAAUUGGCAUCGGCCGUAGAAUGUAAAAAAAUGGCUUGCAGUUUACCACGACAGAUUUUUUUGUUCAUAUUGCGAAAGUAUUAUUACGUUUUAAAUACAUUUAAAAAAAGUGUUUCUCAUUGGCAAUUGUACAUAUGCACCAGCGAACGCAAACGCCCUGUUUCUCAGAGCGGGCGUGAGAGUCGGGGGUCGCAUGCACGGCUCCCAUGUGCUGGCUUUGCGCUCUCAGUUCAUCACUUCAUCACUGGCUUGUUACAAUAUCCACAAACGGUAGCGCUGGGGUGAUCAUCGGCGAAUGUUGAUGAGCACCCCACCCUGGUAACAAUCUGCACAUGUGUUCUCUGUCUCUUCUCCACACACACGCAUGUAACUUUGGCAUAACAAUGUAAAGAGUGUGGCUAUGUUGUUUAGGACUAUUUAUGAAUUAUCUUUUUUUUUUCUUUUGGUUUCUCUGCAUGGUAAACGAGACGCAGUUCACCAUUAGUCGGCCCCUUUAUGCUCUUGUAGCACCAGUACAAUAUCACGAGUUUGUUACGUCGGCAACGUUACGUCUGUAUUUAUGCUGAAAGUUUAAUAAGCGCAUUACCUAAUGCGUAUGCUUAGAUCCUGUAUAGAACCCACCAUUUGAGUAUUUUAGUUGGAAUCCCCUAUUCGCUCGUGGGAAGAUGUGUGCGUGUGUGCGUGUGUGUGUGUGGGAGGUAACAUUGUGGGGAGCGGUGGUGUAGCGGUUAGCGCACUGCGCUAGGAAUCCGGCGACCCGAGUUCGAUUACCGCUCACGGCCAACACCAGUGACGAUUAUCUGAACCGGUCUUGGGCCUCCCCUAGGUCUACUUAGCCUCUAAUGAGUACCUGGUGCGAUGUGUAAGCAUCGCUACUUGGGAGACAAAGGCUGGUCGGGCGUGGUACUGGCCACCCAACCCCCUUGUGUGUCGUUCCGGCCUUCAUAGGUGCUCGCUAACAGCACUUGCCCCAACAGUCUGUUAAAGGUAUACGAGGGUGGGGGGAUAUUUGUCUUUGUCUAGGUCCUGUAUGAACCCCACUAUUAAGCAUUUUCGUGCACAAAGGAAUGUAUCUCAGUUUGCUCUCCGAGUUUGAUUUUUUUUAUUUUAAUUAAAGCGCAAAUCGAGCUUU